AUGGCCUCGGGUGCUGAGGAGGCUCCGGAGCCGAGCGGCUCUGCCGUGACGGCCACCGCCAGCCAGCUGCAGCGGGCAGGGCGGUGGGAGGCAGCGGCAGGCAGCCCGUGCUCCAUCUGCCUGGGCGAGAUGGACGACGCAGCCUCCGUCGACGGAUGCUUCCACACCUUCUGCUUCGGCUGCAUCCGGCGGUGGGCUGCCACGAGAGCUGCGUGCCCGCUCUGCAGGCAGCCUUUCGACCGCGUCCUGCACGCCAUGAGGGCGGACGACGACUACCAGGAGUACGUGGUCGGCUCGUCCGCCCGCCGGCAGAGGACCGCGGCCAGGGAGCGGGCGCGCAGCAGAUCCCCGCAGCGGCGCUACCACCUGCGCCCGAGGCUCAACACCAACGAGCCCGCUGCUGGGAGAAGGGGGCCUGCGGGGAGGCGCCGAGGGGUGCGGGGCGACGCAGCUCCAGAGCGCUCCAACGCCUCCGCCCGGCAGGCUGCAGGGGAGCGCCCAGCCAGCCCGGCGGAUGGACCUGUCCUCCGCUACGACCUGGUGGCACUGAGAGCGCGGCUGCUUGAUUUCGUGGGAACUCCAUGA